AUGGAGGCUCCGGAGGAAGCUGAACUCUGCUUUCCCCACAUCAACACCUCCUGCAGGAAGACGACAGGUCCUUACGUGGAGACCAUGCUCACUUACACUGUGCUGUCCUGCAUCACGAUACUCACCGUGAUCCUAAACCUGCUGGUCAUCAUCUCUAUCUCACACUUCAAGCAGCUCCACACCAACACCAACCUCCUCCUCCUCUCUCUGGCUGUCACUGACUUCCUCGUGGGUCUCCUGCAGAUGCCACUUCUACUCCUCCAAAACCAAGGCUGCUGGUUCUUGGGCGACAUCAUGUGUGUCGUGCAUUAUUUCUUCGCUGCCCUCCUUGUCAACGUCUCAGUGGGAAGCAUGGUGCUCAUAUCAGUCGACCGCUAUAUAGCAAUUUGUAACCCCAUGUUUUACACCACCAGAGUCACUCUGACCAGAGCUCGGGCCAUGCGCUCUCACGUUGCAGUCGUCAAAGUGGAGCGUUCCCAGACUGUAAAAGCAAUGAAAUCUGAGAUUAAAGCAGCCAGGACUCUCGGUAUUGUAUUGAUAGUUUUUCUUCUCUGCUCAUGUCCAUAUUAUUGUUUUGCUGCAGCAGCUGAGAGUACCUCGCUUGGGGCAUCAUCUUCGGUCAUUAUGAUUUGGUUAAUCUACUUAAACUCAACCUUUAACCCUGUGAUUUAUGUCUUUUUCUACCCGUGGGUCAGAAAAACCAUCAAACACAUUUUUACUCUUCAGAUUCUGCAGCCUGGCUCCCGUGAAGUGAGUGUGAUGUAG